CUAUAGCCUCUCACUUUGUCGACGGCGCUCGACUCGAAUGGUUCUCGCAGUUAAAUAUCCCUUCUAUUUUAUUUUUUUUUCGGUGUAAUUUUUCAAAAGUAAAUUUUUUUUUUAAUUAAAAAAAAAAAAAAAAAAAAUGGUGAACUAACAUAUAAAAGUGUGGCAAAAUGUACAGAGAGUGAUGUAAAGGUGUAGACAAAAAUUGUUGAAAAAUUAGUGUUUAAGAUAAAAAAAAAAAAAACUGUGACAAAUUGUGUGGUAGGUCAUUCAAUCGGUUGAUCGAUCUCGUCCUCAAUUCCCCAUUUCGAAAAAUAAUAAAUUCAGUGUGACAGUAAUUUUUUUUUUUGUGUGUCGUGUCAUUUAUUAGGAUAUAUUGGAUGUAUUUUUCUUUCAUCAAAGACGCUUCGAGGAGGAUGAGAGGCUGCAAAUGUUUGACGAGGGCGCAGGUCAGUGCUCCGCAGAAGCCUGCUCUUCUGAUCGGAAAUGACUAUGACGAGCGUGGCUGUCAUAGACCAGGGUAGCUUGCCCUUCAAUAUGCUCACUCCUAAGAGGUACCACCUCCAACAGGGGUUAGCACCAAAUACAUCAUCUACCGCUUCUAACAAGAAUUACGAUACGUUGAGUAAGGGGAAAAAAUCAUGGAGUGUCAGAUUGGGAUUAUCGCGUCAGAGUCAAUCUUCAGAGGAUCCGGUCAAAGGCUGGGGAACCAUUAGCGGUGGUAGUUCGCUGUCUCAUCAAAUAAUUUAUGGCGAGCCAUGGAUUUAUGGAACGGUUCGCGCAUCACGAUCUGGACAUGAUCCACGUGCUUUUUUAACUCCUCCCCCACCAACAGGAGCUCCAAUUCUUAUUGUGUGUUCUUGUCCUGAAUUUUUGAGUGGAACCUCUAGAAAAUUGGGCAAUUGCACAAAAUGUGGAGGUCAUCGACUUGCUGGAAUUCCCUUUGGGGGAACCUGCAGGAUACCAACCACGUCAGUGAGAACUCGACCCAGUUUAGCGGGAAUACUAAAACCUAUGGACGAUCCUUAUGAUCAAAUGCGAAGAAAUCGUCUCGUAGAACCACGAUCAAGAACCAGAAGUAUUUCUCCACAUCGUCAAAAUGGACAUAGGGAUCUAAGAAGUCAAAGUGUAAUGCGAGGUGAAUCAAAUCAAGAAUCCUCAUCGUCACGAUUGGAAUGGUAUAAUGAAACCGAUAGGCAAACAUUGAAUGACGAAUGGUCGUCUGAUUCGAAAAAUAAUCGUAACACUUUGGGAAGAUUUCGUGGUUCCAAAUCACGUCCAACAAUUGAUGAUUGGCAAAUGAUAUCAACACGUAAAGAUGAAAAUUGGAAAAAUACAUCUAACGAUUCACGAAGAAGUAUUUUAGAAUGUAAUGUAAAUCCUUAUCAAUUGGUGAAGAAAAAUCCAAAGGAUGAAGACGACCUAAGCGAUGACCUUUCAGAUAAUGCCCUCGAGCAUUGUACAAAGGACGAUAUACCAUGUAGUCUCUUUGAUUCUUCGAAAGUUAAAUCAAUUGAAAGAAUACCAAAUCGAAGUGCAGUGGCGGCAAUUGGCGGUCAAAGAAUAAGAGUUUUCAAUGAGCCAAGAGAAAUAUCGGACGAGGAAGAUUUCCCCUUGACUGGUAUACCAAUACCUAAAGUUUCUCCAAAGAGACCGCCAAGAAGAUUAAAGGAGACUAAGACUGUGUUGAAAAGUAUUUUAAAAAAAGGACGAUUCGAUGGGAAAAGAAAGAAUGUCCUAUUCAAUGUAGAUAAUGUUAUUUUUGCACCGGAAAAAUCAUUGGAGUCUAACGUUUCCAGACGAACGAGUCGAACUUCAAUUGGAAGUAAAGAAAUCGAUGAAUUGGAGAAUGAGCCAAUUGUUCAUGAGGCGCAAAUUAUUGAGAAACCCAAGUUUAUCACUAUUCCAAACAUUAAAGAUCCAGGGAAGCAUGAGAGACGAAAAGUGACGGAAAUGAAGAUUUCAUCGCGAGUUAAAAAUCAAGAGCCAGUUGAAAAGAUCAAGAUUGACAAGUUCGUGCCUUCCAAGAAGCUGGACAAUUUUCAGAUUAAAAAGAUUGAAAAAACUAAUGCCGACGUGAAAAUUGAGAUAAAGAAAAAUAUUUUACAAUCUGAAAUGAGGAAAAUUGAACAGAAUCGUGUUAAUAGUGAUAAGAAAAUAAUGAAGGAAAAAAUGGAAUAUAUCAAACCGGAAGACGAGACAGAAUUGGAGAUUGAAAUCGAGGAGCUAAAACGUCAACUGGGUGAUAUUGCCGUCGAUGAAAAGGAUCUUAUUCUUAAAUCUGAAGGAACAUUAAGACAAUCUUAUUUGUCUCGAAGUCAAAGCGAUCGUAUGUCUUCAAAAUCGGAUAUUUCUGCUGGUGACAUCAAUUUUGUUGAUACAAUGCGUUUAAGUCUCAGCAAAAAAUCAAAAGAUACAACUUUAACCAAUAAUUCUAAUGAAAUUAAAGAGGAAGAAUUAAUAAAAGAAAUUUCUAAAAACAAAUCUCCGGAAAGUAUAAUAUUAAAAAAAUCUCAUGAAAUUCUAAAUGAAGAUACAAUUGAAAAUCAAUUAAUAAAAAAUUCCAAUAAUUUAAUAGAAAAUUCAAUACAUUUUCGAAAAAUGCGACCAACGAAUUGGUCACCACCGCCUAUUAAAUCAAAGCAUAUUAAUAGAGAUCUUAUUAAAACUACAAUUUCUCCAGAUGUGAAGAGAAAUAAAUCUGAAGAAAUAUCAUCAACAAUUUUAGAUAAUAAAAAAGCAAUUGAUAAAGAAAAAAUAGAAAUUAAUUCAUCAUUGGAAAAUAAUAUUUGUAAAAUAAAUGUGAAUACAAAACUUUCACCUCUUGUUCAUCGAUUACAAGUUGGUUCAAAUAUUCCCAUUGGUUCAAGAAGAACAUCAAUUUUAAUAAAUGGAGAACAAAAUGUCAAUAAUACAGGUAAUAAGGUAACAAUAAGCGUUGGCGGUGAAGACAGUGUUUGUAAUCCCACUGUGAUAUCAGUGAAUUCUGAUAAUUUGCCAAAAAUUCAAAAUUCAGCAGAAAAUCGAACUCUUGUUAUUUUAGAAAAUUAUAAAUCAAAUAUUGUUAUUGAAUCAAAUUCAAUGGAAAAAAAGAAGAAAAAUAAUGAUUCUUUUGUAGAAAAAUGUAAAGAUGGAAAAAAUCAUAAUAUUGAAUCACUUGAUGAGACAAUUUGUAAAACAGAAACUAAAACAGAUUUUAAUUCAACAAGAUGGUCGAGUCUUUCGAAAGAAUCAUUAAUAUCUAAACUUUUGGAAGAUUCAUUGAGAAAAGCACGUGAAAAUGGUGAAAUACUUGAUGAAAGUAGCGGUGAGGCAAUAUUAAAAAUUCUCAAACAAAGUCUAUUAAAAACUAAAGAAUACGAAAGUUCUGAAUCAACUCUUGAAUCCGAUACAAAUUAUCGAUCAUCUAGUCUAAAUUCAGAUAAUCAUUUUAUAUCAUCAAAUCUUUUUAUAGAGGAAAAUCCCUAUGAAAUAAUAAAGGAGCCAAUUUAUGAAGAAAUUCCUGAUGAACCACCACCAUUACCAAUGAGUCCACCACCAACUGAAGAUUAUUUAAAAGAUCGUAUUUAUUUUGGCGAUGAAUAUAAAGAAAAUUAUUAUAAAAAAAAUAAUCAAUUUCUUGGUUUUUAUUUAUCAGACGAUAUGUUUAAAAAAUCAAUAACAAAUGAAUCGUAUCUUUCUAAAAGUUCAGAUGAUUAUUUUAAAAAAUCUUCAACUUCAUCAUCACCAGACGAAGAAAAUUUAACGACGAAAUUUGAACUUUUUAAUUUUCUUAUGAAUUCCAAAGAUCAUAAUGUACCAAUGGAGGAGGAUGAGGAUGAAGAGGAGGAAGAUGAAGAAGAUGAGGAAGAUACAGAGAGGGAUUUAGAAGCUCUUUAUGAACAAAAAGAAACAAGUCUCGGUGAUCUUAGUUCAAAGAGUUCGCAAAUAUCGAAUGUUUCAGAUAGCAGCGAGGAAUGUAAUAUUAUUCUAACUAGUUCUCCAGAGACAUUAAAAGCAAGAAGCGUGGAUAUUGAAAGAACAGACAGUGGUGUGGGUUCAGAAAGUAGUCAAGCGAGCAGCACUCGUGGAAUUGGUUGCAGAAGAUGGAGAACAGGAAAUACUUCCUCGGGACCAGGAAGUAUUAUUACUUGUCUUCCUCAAAUUGCUUCAGAUAAUAUUAAAUUUUGCGAAGACUGUGAACAACGCAUCGAUCCACAUAUAAUAGACAACAACGCCGUUUAUGCAUCUUUCGUAUGCAGAAAGUGUUUGAAGAAGCGUGCUGAACGAAAAGAGAUAAUCACCGAAAUUGUUGAGACGGAGCAAAAAUAUGGUAGAGACUUACAAAUAAUUCUUGAGGAAUUUCAUCGACCAAUGUUAAGCGCUGGUCUUCUCACACCAGAACAAUUAUCAGCUAUUUUUUUAAAUGUCGAAGAACUUUUGGAACAUAAUUUGGUUCUUGCUGAAAAACUUAAGGAUGCUGUUGAAUUUGCUCAAGAAUCCGAAGAUGAAGAUUUAAUAACUGUUGAUGUGGGUAAACUUUUUUUGGAAUCGGAAAGAAUGCUUCAUGCUUUUGAGAAUUAUUGUACGCGUCAAGGAAGUGCCAGUUUACUUUUACAGAGUUUGGAAAAGGAAAAGGAACUUCUUAGAAUAUUUCUUAAAGUUUCACAAAUGGAAAAUACAGUUUUGAGAAGAAUGAAUCUUAAUUCGUUUCUCAUGGUUCCGGUACAAAGGGUAACUAAAUAUCCACUUUUAUUGGCUCGACUUUUGAAAGCGACUCCUUCGGUUCGUUUGGACACACAGGAGUCAAGAAAGAGAUUAAAACAGGCUCAAACAAAUAUUGAACUUCAUUUAGAACACAUGAAUGCUGAAGCCAAAGAUGUGACAUCAACAAAACUCUGGCGUAGGAUAUCGAUAAUUCAGGGAAGACGAUAUAUUGGAGAACAAGAUAUGGUAAACAUAAAAUUAAGAAAAAUGGCUGUUGAAGUUUUGGAAUGGGCCCACGAAGAAGCGAGAUUUGUUUUGGAAGGUCGACUUCUCAUCGCUCAACCCACAGAUAAUAAUUGGAGACGUGGAAGAACAGUAAAACUUGCUCCUGUCACUGCAAUGUUGGUCACCAAUGGAAAACCAAACACAGAAUUUUUAGACUUUUCUGACGAUUCUAUCUUUCCAAAGCAAACUGGAAUAAAGGAAGCUACUCUUCUUCUCGUUAAAGAAAAAAUUGGACGAUAUUCAUUACUUCGGGAACCAUUAUAUUUGGACAAAUGUAUAGUUUGCUGUGAGGCAGAUCUUGAAGAUUAUUUUGAAAUUCAGGAACUUUCGUCUAAAGAAACUUUCAUUUUUAAGGGCGAAGAUGGAACGAGAACGAAGAGAUGGUGCAGAGCACUGCAGGCCUAUGCACAAUCACUUGGCGCUUGGCGUCGUCGUCGUGGAGCUUUACCGAACAUUAUGAUAUGCGGUGUAUCUAGAAGCUAGACUAGAAUUUUUUCUUAAAAUAUUAUUAUUUUACUAAAAAAACUAAAAGAAUCCUUUUUUUUUCUUUUAAAUUUCAAUUAUUCAAAUUGAAAAUUUUCUUGUUUGUGGCUUUUAUAAACACACCAAUUAUAGUGCGUUGAAGAAACUGAGUUUCCUACGUAACUGUAAAAAAAAUGGCGAUUUAAUUAAACGAAUAAUUUUUUUUUUUUUUUUAAAGAACCUAAUAUAUUUUUAUAAACUUAAGUCUAUUUAAAAAAUAAUUUUAUUUUUGUCGCAAAAUUAUGUGUAGCUGUGAUAUUGACCGGUGUAUUGGGGUUUUGCAAUUAAUUUCUGUGAAUUUGAAAAUUUCAAAUUACAUAGGCAUUUUUUGAAAACUGUGUUAAUUUAUAUGUACAUGUGCGUGCAUUUAUAUUAUGUCGAAAAAAAAACCGAUUUAUAAUCUGAAUAAGACAUAUGAUUGUA